GCAGAGUGAUCAUGGACAGCGACGAGAGGAAAGAAUGGGACCCGCGGACGCUCACUUCGCUCCCACAAAUCUUCUCCUGUCUUUCUGCCCUCCAGUCUGAAGAGGCUGAACUCUCGAAUUCCCUGACGAAGUUACUGUCUGCGCGAGAACCCAUAGUCGCCUCUCUAAAUCGUCUAAACGCUGUCCUUCCCCACAUCGAAGAUCUACAUCAUGAGGCGGCCGUUCUCUCCGGCCGCGUAUCCUCUACUGCACAGACAGCCGAACGCAUCGGAGGGCGCGUGAGCACUCUCGACGAGGAGAUGCGACGAAUCAAGGAGGCCGGGGAACGUGUAGCACAGGUUAUGCAGCUCAAAGACUCCUUGGCAGAAGUGCAAGCGUCCAUCGAUGCGCAGGACUGGGAGUCCGCUACACGACACUGCGCGCGCGCAAUGUCCCUUCCCCUGCCCGUCAUUACUGGCGCAUUUGCCGAGAUUGCAGUCCCUACGCCUGAAAGUCAUCUACCCCCUGCGCAGACGCUUCAAGCCGCGCGAGAACAGCUCCUUGCUGUUUUCAAACGCAAUUUCGAGAAGGCAUCGACUGCCAUGGACUCCGCCGGUACAAGCCGCUUCUUCAAACUGUUUCCCGCUAUCGGAUGGGAGGAGGAGGGCCUCCAAGCUUAUGCCGCUUUUGUGACCGGUCUGGUGCGCGUACGAGCACCUGCGUCUGUCAAAACAUCGUCGCCGCUGUACUUUAUAACGGCUCUUACAGCUCUCUUUGAGAGUGUGGCGCUGAUCGCGGACCAGCAUCAGCCCGUAGUCGAGAAGUACUAUGGGCCGGGGAAGAUGAAGAACGUGGUGCAGAAAUUGCUUGAAGAGUGUGACCGUACGGUUGAGAAUCUCAUCAGUGGAUGGGAAGAAGAGCGGUCGGUUCAUCGGAAGCUCUCCGACGUUACUAACCACCCUCCGACACCUAUGUACUACAGUGGGGCGGCGUUGAGGCAGCAGAACCCGACUACGGAGGAGGUAGAUCCUCGCGAAAUAGACAAGGUCGUCAGCGAGGCCGCCGGCAUGGUCAGCAGGUGGAACGUCUUUCGCAAAUUCCUCUGCGAAACUAUGCAGACGAAUGAAGAGCUCCUUCGUGAUGAUGUGCUAGAUGAAGCGGAACAGGAGACCGCUGUGAGUGCCCGCGAGAGGGAAGAGGCCGUGUACAAGGCGUACGUUGCGCUAGAAUCCUGCGGUGCGCAUCGACAGUUUGCCGCGCUCCUUGCCACGUACUAUAUACCCAUGGAGACGUGGUACAUACGCGUAAUCAUUGACAAGGCGCACCGUCUGUCGACAAUGGACUCUACACAAUCACCCCCGAUAACCACCACGCCCGAUGAUGUAUUCUACGUCUUGAAGGUCGUGCUAACCCGUCUACUUGCCUCCGGAUCGCUUCCUCACGUUGAGCGUACAUUGGGUCACUUGCGGGAGAUCAUGGAACGCGACUUCGCGGGCGUCAUCAAGCGCAAGAUGGACGAUGUCUACCGGGGAACGGGGGGGAGUGGCGAUAGGCCUUUGAGAGCGUCGGAGAAAGCAGAACAUGACAGUCGUACUUCCUUCAUUAUCCUUCUCAACGACUUGGACGUGUCGUCAUCACACCUCGAGCGUCUCGUCACCGAUCUGGGCGACAGUCCAGUCAUUCAACAGCAUUUCGUCGAUGCUCAGCACGCUGCUGUCAGAAACUGCCUGACGAGCUUCGCGAGUUUGACAAACAAAUUCCAGAGCGUUUCACGAAGCGGCAUAGACCAGUUAUUCAAUCAAUUGCUCCGACCCAAGCUACGCAACUUCAUUCCCGACCUCUAUCGCGACGUCGCGUACACGCUUGACGAAGAUUCGUAUUCGGUAGCAGAGUAUCAGGACAUCGUCCGUAAGCGGUUCGUCAAGGGAUGGGAAAAUCUGUUGGAUGGAUACAAGGAGACAUUCACUACGAGCAACUAUAGUAUUUUUUAUUCUCUGGUAUUGGAUGUGAUCGUCCGACCCUGGGAGAAGUACUUGAUGACAUUGAAGUACACAGAGCUUGGUGCCAUCCGCUUUGACAGGGACCUCCGAGCAAUCAUCCACUACAUAGCUUCUCAGACCGCAUUUGGCGACGUACGCGAGAAGUUUGUGCGGUUGCAACAGAUGAGUACGUUGCUCAACCUGGAUGCGGAGGAAGACGUAGAUGAGUUCUACAACGGCUCAGGGAUCACAUGGAAACUGUCGUCGCAAGAGGCGCGAUCCAUCGUUGGGCUGAAGACGUAG